AGACCAGAAAAUGGCCACAGAGGAAAUACGAAAUGCUUUUAAAUCCCCCGGUUAAAGGUGCCUUCCGCUUGACAGCGUGGUCCGGACGGGAAGCACGCAGUUUCCAGACCCGCCCUGGGGAUCCGGCAGUGGUUCUAAUUACCCAGCUCCCAGAGUGCAGCCAUGUUCUCUGUGCGGCUCCUCAGGAUCUCCCACAAUGCACUGGGAAAGCCACACUACCGAGGCAUGGCUGUGUACAGCAGUGAACUCUGGGAUGAGAUCAGGGGGAAGCUUAGCAUGUUCCCAGGUGGGUCGGUCAACCUGGUCAAGCAGGAGUCGGGGAUCGCGGUGCUCACGGUCAACAACCCGGACCGCAUGAACGCAUUUUCAGGCACCAUGAUGCUGGAGUUGCAGGACCGGGUAUCCCAGCUGGAGAACUGGAAGGACGGGAAAGGACUCAUCGUCCACGGGGCGGGCGGGACAUUCUGUUCCGGAUCAGACCUGAACGCAGUCCGAGCCAUAUCGAAUCCCCAGGAUGGGAUGAAGAUGUGUAUGUUCAUGCAGGACACACUGAUCAGACUGCUGAGGCUGCCCCUCAUCUCUGUUGCCCUUGUGGAGGGGAGAGCACUGGGGGGAGGGGCAGAGCUGACCACCGCCUGUGACUUUAGGUUGAUGACUCCUUCCAGUGAGAUCCAGUUUGUCCACAAGCAUAUGGGUUUGGUUCCUGGAUGGGGAGGCGCAGCCAGGCUCGUGCGGAUAGUGGGCAGCCAGGCAGCUCUGAAAUUACUGGCUGCCGCACUGAAAGUAGACUCCGCCCUUGCAGAGAAGAUCGGCCUGUCUGAUGGGGUUGUGUCCGCAGGGGCGGGGACAGCCUUGGCGGAGGCAGAGCAUUGGUUGAGUGACUUUAGCAGAGGUCCCGCGCCUGUGAUCCAGGCCAUUAAGAAGGUGGCGCUAUCUGGGCGAGAGCUCCCCCUGGAGGACGCACUGAGAAAAGAGAAGGAGGUGUUCGGAACUGUGUGGGGAGGAAGUGCUAACCUGGAGGCCUUGGCCCGGAAGUCCAAGCACAAGUGAGCAGGAGCAAGAGGAUGAGAAUGGAGAAAGCAGAACUGUUAGCCAUUAUCAAGGACCGACAAAAAAAUAAAACCAGUUCAGAAUUA